AUGAUUCCUAUGGCAUCAGGAUAUGGGUAUAAUGGAGGUAUUGGAAGAUGUUUUAAUUUCUGGCAAGAAUUUCGUAAAUGUUAUGCAAUGGCAAAUCGACCAGAAGAUUGUAUAAUGGAGAAAGAAGAUUAUUUUGAAUGUUUGCAUCAUACAAAAGAGAUUGCACGUGCUAAAAAAAUUAAAGCUCAAGAAUUAAAGAUGAUAGAAAAACGUAGAGAAGAAGAUCAAAUAGCAAAAAAGAAAUUAGAUUCUAAAACUGACGUGAAUCGUUUGGGAAUUGUAGAAGAAAAAAAUCAAGAAAAUAAAAGUUCAUGA